UCUAGUCCCAAUUCCACUUUGUAUCAAAUUUCCACUUGUCAACUUCCAACAAAAACCCCACGCAACCGAACUUUGCCACCACUGUCUAUCUCUAUAUGUAUGUAUUUUCUUCAAGAAUUCCUUGAGGAUUAUUAAUAUAUCUAUGCCUUUAAUCUCCAUGUCCAAACCCAAUAAAAAAAAUUAGGCAUAUUCACCAAAAAUGUCAACUUCUGAUGGCAAUUCAUCCAUCAAAAGCCUUAGUGAGAUAUCAGAAAAGGAAACUGUGAGCUUCAGUGUCGAUCUUGUGGCUGCUGCUAAACGAAAUCUUGGAUUUUUAAAGCUUGUUAAUGAUUCCCAUUGGCUGCACCAAAAAUCUAACAUUCUUGAAGCCAUUAGAAGGUAUUAUGAGCUAUGGAUGCCAUUAUUUGCUGAUCUUAUUUCGGACUCUAAGCCUCCGAUGAUUCUUCCUCCUCUUGAUAUUGAAUGGGUUUGGUAUUGUCAUACUUUAAAUCCGACCAGUUAUAAACAUUACUGCGAGUCGAGAUUCUCAAAACUGAUAGGAAAGCCGACUAUAUUUGAUGAAGAAAAUGAAGAGUAUGCAUUGAACAGAUGCAGAGAAAUCUGGGAACACAGAUAUCCAUCCGAGCCUUUCGAAAAUGAAGCUGAUACGAACUCAGAUGAUCAGCCAGUUUUUCCACAAGAUCUGUUGGAUGAAGUAUCAAAGCACAGAUAUCUGUACAAUAAAUUUUCUGAACCGUACAGUUCAGAUAUGGCGUAUUUAAUAGCAUCAAAACAGAGGUAUAAAGGAUUUAUUUACAUGAUGCAAAGAUUUUCAAAUAAAUGCUCCCAUCUGGUGCCCACUUCAGAUGUUCUAUUAAUGUGGCUGACUCAUCAGAGCUAUCCAACAAUAUAUGCAAUUGACAUUAAAGAGUUGGAGGGGGAUAUAGAAAAGAUAGUUGGGCCUUGGGAAGCUGUGGAGGAGGAAAACAUUGAAGAAACCAAAGUGCUUUGGGAGAGAACUUUUGAUCAACCAUAUGAGAAAGCUGGUGGUGCAGCCAUUGGAAGUACUGUCAAUAUCGAAACGCCUUUUUACUGGGACAUAUCAGAUAUUGAUGUUAACACAAGAUAUAAGUCCAUGGUACCCCGAUUCUUAUUUGAGCUCUGCAUAUCAGUGAAAUUGAACACAAAGAUGAAGCAAAUGGAAGGGAAUUUUUCCCGAGAAUUUCUCCGUCUCCGAAUGGUCAAGUGUCACAGGGAGCUCAAACUAGAUAAACCAGUAUCUAAAUUCGCCUCAGACUCAUGGAAAAAGGCUUGGCAUCUUUACUGUGAAUUUGGGACUAAAGGAAUGAUAGUCGAGGUCCGUCAGCUAGGAGGCCAUUGCUUUAAAAGUAGUACCCUGCAACAAAGCGUAAAAUAUACUUGGAAUGACUUGUUACGUGCACCAUCUCUCACUUCAGAUAAAGAGUUCAAUCAAAGAUUGAGGGCUGUUGCUUCGAUCACUCCACCUGUGCAAGCAUCUUACUUGCUGAAAUGCGUUCCGGACCGAGUAACAGAUGAUUCGGGUGCAAUGGUAUCAGAUGUAAUUCUGAAAAUGAACCAGUACAGGCCUCAAAAAGGUCGAUGGUUAUCUCGAACCGUUCUGGAUCAUGCUGGAAGAGAGUGUUUUGUUAUUCGAAUGAGAGUGGGAGGCGGGGUUUGGAGGAGAGGGGCUGAAGCUCCUUCGACCGUAAAAUGGGAGGACAGGAUCAUAGAAAUACGCGAGGGUUCUUGGUCUUACGUCAGCAGUUCCAGUUCCAUUGGUUUUGCUCCUGAGAAAGUGGUAGGAACUGCAACACCAAAGGAACCGCCCAAAGGGUGCCAAGCUUAUUGGAGUUUGUCUACAGGCGAUGAACUGUUAAUACAGUGGGACCCAUUGACAUCUACCUCGGGCCCGACUUUUAAUCUGCAAAAUGAACAAUCUACUGAAUCAGUGUUACAGGUAAAGCUGUUGAAAGGGCGACAAAUGCAAUAUCGGGUAAAAAUGUCUGGGUUAAAGGCUGAAGAAGGAAAAGGAGACAGUUUUGUUGAAGAAGAUGAAUUUUUUACUAUAGUUAGGUUCUCGGAGGAAAACCCUACGGGGAAAGCCACUGCUCUUUUGAACUGGAAGCUACUUGUCGUUGAACUAUUGCCGGAAGAAGAUGCAGUUUUUGUACUUCUUCUCUGCCUAUCAAUACUCCGAAGCAUAUCAGAAAUGAAGAAAGAAGACGUUGUUGGGGGUCAGUUACACUUCAUCCUUCUUCGUAUUCUCCAUCCAUUUCUUCACCUUAUCUCCUCCCUUGGUACUGGAACGCAGAGUUAUUUAUGUCAUCGCAAGUGAAAGAUCAUAUUGUGAAUCCACCGGCUUCAAAUUAUUCACAAGCAGAAGGUGGAGAUAAGCUGUAUGAGCGAGGGAUAAUUUCUUAAAUAAUACUGAUUAUUUGUGACAGAAUUUAAACAGGAAGAGUUGUAACACUAUCAGGGAUUUUCCUGCUGAAAAUUUACUGUGUUUUCGAGGUCUUGUAGAUGAUCUUGUUCAAUUGCAGGAGCUAAUAUUAUUUUUAA